AUGAAAGGUAGAGCAUUGAAAAUCUUAUGCAGUAGGAUUGACUGGUUAUUCUUCUGUGAGUUUGUUUUUGCAUUAGUUAGUGUUCUCAACUUCUUAUUAUUUGUGUUAGGAUCUGGUAUUCGUCCUCAGCACCUUUCAUCGUUGAAAUUUUCAAUCUUUAAACGUUGCUAUCUGAAACCGGUUCAGAUACGUGAACCCUUCGACAAGUUUUUGGUCCAGUGCAAUUCCCAGAUCACAAAGCAUGGUAGAGAGGGCAACAUUCAACAGUCGGAAGCGAUCUUCAGGCAACUGUCUCGCAAAAGCGUUGUUUCCUAUACUGCUAUGCUCACGGCCUAUUCUCAGAAUGGCCAACUUGCGAAAGCACGAAUUGUGUUUGAAGAAAUGCCCUACAAAAGCACUGCUGCAUAUAACGCAAUGAUAACGGCCUAUGUAAGGAAUGGCUGCAAGGUGGAUGAGGCCUUCAGUUUGUUUUCUCAGAUGGGUGAAAGGAAUGAAGUGUCUUUUGGGGCCAUUAUUACGGGAUUUCUGAAGGCUGGCAUGCUUGAAAAAGCUGGGGACUUGUAUGGAAUGAUGCCAAUAGAGUGGCGUGAUCCUAUUUGUUCCAACACAAUGAUCAAUGGAUUCCUGAAAUCAGGGAAACUAGAGCAGGCUAUUCAUAUUUUUAAUGGCAUGGUAAAUAGAGAUAUUGUUUCUUGGAGCUCUAUGGUUGAUGGUUUUUGUAAAGAAGGGAGGAUCAUUGAGGCUAAAGAGCUUUUUGAUAAGAUGCCUGAGAGAAAUGUGGUUACUUGGACAUCUAUUGUUGAUGGCUACAUGAACAAUGGGUUGUUUAAAGAUGGAUUUGAUUUGUUUAUUCAUAUGAGGAGGGAAGGAAUUGUUGCGGUUAAUCCAAAUAUGAUGACAGUAAUGUUUGAAGCUUGUGGUAAUUUUGGGGUGCUUAGAGAAGGUUUACAGAUGCAUAGUUUGGUUUUGCGGAUGGGAUUUGUAAUGGAUGUAUUUCUAGGAAAUUCUAUUAUAACAAUGUACUGCAGAUGUGGUUACGUGAAUGAAGGAAAUGCAGUAUUUCAGUCUAUCAGCAAGAAAGAUAUAGUUUCCUGGAAUGCACUGAUUGCUGGUUAUAUUCAACACAAGGAAAUUGAGAAAGCUUAUGAGCUCUUUGAGAUGAUGCCAAACAGAGAUUCUAUUUCUUGGACAACCAUAAUCUCGGGAUACCUUGGCAUAGGAGAAGUGGAAAGAUCUAUUCAGUUAUUCAAGAUGAUGCCUAAAAAAGAUGAUAUUGCUUGGACUGCUGUCAUUUCAGGCUUUGUUGACAUGGAAAUGUGUGAGGAGGCGUUUACUUGGUUUAUUGAGAUGCUAAGGGAUUCAGUCCAUGCAAGCUCGCUGACACUAAGUAUCAUGCUUAGUGCUUCAGCUUGCUUAGCAACACUAAGAGCUGGAACACAGAUCCAUGGUCUUCUGGUGAAAAAGGGUAUGGAAUAUGAAUUGAGUGUUCAGAAUUCGUUGGUUUCAAUGUACUCAAAAUGUGGCAAUGUUGCUGAAGCAUAUACCAUCUUCAAAAAGAUUAAUGCACCCAACAUUGUGUCUAUAAACUCAAUGAUCACUGGAUUUGCCCAAAAUGGGCUUGGGGAAGAAGCCGUUAAGCUGUUUGCCAAAAUACAGGCUGAAAACUUCAAGCCAAAUGAAAUCACCUUUCUUGCAGUGUUGUCAGCUUGUGUACAUGAAGGUCUAGUAGAACAAGGAUGUGAAUAUUUUAAUUCCAUGAAGUCCUUAUAUGGCCUUGAACCCGGUCCUGAUCACUAUGCAUGCAUGGUUGAUCUACUUGGCAGAGCAGGAUUGUUGGAUGAAGCUACUGAUUUAAUCCAGUCCAGCAGUAUUGAGCCACACUCUGGAGUUUGGGGUGCUCUACUGGGGUCAAGCAGAAAUCAUUUUCGUCUUGAUCUGGCAAAUGUUGCAGCUCAGCGCCUUACUGAACUAGAUCCUGCUAAUGCAACUCCUUAUGUAGUCUUGUCCGACCUUUAUGACAUUAUGGGAGCAAGGAAGGAUGGUAAUCAAGUUAGAUUGCUUAAAGAAACAUUGCGUGUAAAGAAAAAUCCAGGGUGCAGCUGGAUUGAGUGA